AUGCUGCUGCUGCGGCGGGCGGUGGCGCGGGCCGGGGUCACGCUGCUGCGGGCGGGUCUCGGUUCUCCAGGCAGAACGUGUGUGAGCCACAGCGAGCCGCGGGCCCGGGAUGGACACGGCGAGGAGGAGGAGGAGGAGGAGGAGGAGGAGGAGGAAGGGUGCUACCAGCUGUACCCCGGGCACAUCCCCACCAGCCCGCUGCAGAAGGCGCUGCUGGCCGCCGGCUCGGCGGUUAUGGCUCUGUAUGACCCCUACAGACACGACAUGGUUGCAGUCCUCGGGGAGACCACAGGCUGCCUUGCCCUACCCAACCUGCGAGACAAGAUGAAACACCACCCUGAAGGUUACCGCAUCCUCCAGGAACGGCCUCGCAUCCGUCUCUCCACCUUGGACAUGACCAGGCUGCGGGGGCUGCCGGACGGCACGCUGGGCCGAGAGUAUGUCCGGUUCUUGGAGGACAAUAAGGUUUCUCCAGACACCCGGAUGCCACCCAAAUUUGUUGAUGAUGAAGAGCUGGCGUACGUGAUCCAGCGGUACCGAGAAGUCCAUGACAUGAUGCACACCCUCCUCGGCAUGCCAACCAACAUGCUAGGUGAGGUCGUGGUGAAGUGGUUUGAAGCCGUCCAGACAGGGCUGCCCAUGUGUGUCCUGGGAGCAGCGUUCGGCCCCAUCCAUCUCAGUGCACGAAAGCUGCAGGUCCUGGCCACUGAGCUGGUUCCCUGGGCAAUUCGGAGCGGGCUCAACGCCAGCUGUAUCCUGAACGUCUACUAUGAGCAGCGCUGGGAGCAGUCGGUGGAAUCCCUGCGGGAGGAGAUUGGCAUCUUCCCCCCCCCAGCCAUUCGAGUGUGAGAGCUCAAGUACGGGGAGGGGACAGGGGCUCCCUGCUGGCAGACAGCAGCCGUCCUCUGCCACACUCCAUCUCCUCCUGCCCGGCAGUGCCGUGUGGCUCUACCACCAGCCGCCACGGACCCGAGGGCUGAGUUUUCUCCUGCCAAGAGCUGGCACCCUCCUGUUGGUAGAGGCCAAGUGGCACCUCCCUGUGCUGUGACAAAACUUGACCCUUUUUGCUGUUUGUGAUUCAGUGGAGGAUGGCAAAGCCCACCAAGCCUUUGCCAGCUGGGUCUGGCUGCUCGGGUCCCCACGGCAGCAGCACUCCAGUACUGAUGCUCUGAAAUGCCGGGAUGGGGAGGGAGCAGAGCUGGUUAACAACACACUGCCACAAACUGCCACGUUGGCCUUCUGCAGCUCGAGGGCUGUGUAGGCAAAUUCCUCCUCCCACCCUCCCUGGCAAGAUCAAAACUUAAAGUCUUGGUGCUGCCCUGGGCUGGAGCUAAACAAGUGAUUUACAGAGCAGCCCAGGGGCAGGUUUGGUGUGUGCAACAGUGAAAUCCCAGCUUGUACUGGUGCCUGACUGGUCUCCUGAUGAGCCACGUGGGAUGUGUCUCACGCCUUGGAGACCAGCCAGUGCACAAUUGCACGCUGAUGGAGCAGGCAGGGAAAUACCUUUGGAUAUUAUCCGAGCUGGAUUGGCUGUUUGAGAGCUGAUCCCAGGCUGCCGUAUCUCCCUGUAGUCCCUCCCCAUCAAAACUGCUGACAUCUGUGUGAUUGCGCUGGGUUUUCGGUAGGAAUCCUCCCCUCUUUGGGCAACAAAAUGACACGAUCAGGAAUAAGGAGCUGAAUCCUGGGAGCACAGAAAUGGCGUCUGCUUGUGCUGUGUCUGAGAGCUGAUUGCUGAGUUAAUUAAACAGGGCUCCAGACUGCCAGCAGCUGGAGAGCAGAGCCGUGGGAUGCAAGGGCAGAGAGGCACCAGGCCGGGAACUCUUUGUACGUGUGGGUUUGCUGUUGAAAUUCCUCCUUGCUUAAUAAAAUCCACAGUGGA